AUGGCGAAUCUCCCGACGACCAAGACCAUCCCCGGCAAGGAGACGCCGGGGCUGCGCUACCCCUCCAACGGCAAGACCAUCUACCACCGGCCCCUGAACCGCACAAAGACGGCCGAGCUCAGCCAGUCCAGCUUCGCCUACCUCUUCAGCGAGAUGGUCUCGUACGCCCAGCGCAACGUCAAGGACAUUUCCGAGCUCGAGCAGCGCCUCAACGUCCAGGGCCACUCGAUAGGUCUCAAGCUCCUCGACCUCCUCCUCUUCCGCGAACCCCCGCGCACCCAGGUCCGCCCCCUGACAAUCAUCACCCUGCUGCACUUCAUCAAGCAGUCCUGCUGGCAGCACCUCUUUGGCCGCCAGGCCGACCGCCUCGAGAAGUCGGCCGACCCCGCCAAGCCCGACGAGUACAUGAUCAUCGACAACGAGCCCCUCGUCAACGCCUACAUCAGCGUGCCCCGCGAGAUGUCCCAGCUCAACUGCGCCGCCUACGUCGCCGGCAUCGUCGAGGGCGUUUGCGACGGCGCCGGGUUCCCCGCCCGCGUGAGCGCCCAUAACAUCGCCGCCCGGGACGAGCACGAGAUGUGGCCCGGCAAGACCGUCUUCCUCGUCAAGUUCCGGCCCGAGGUGCUCGAGAGGGAGAGUUACCUGGGCAAGAGCUGA